AUGCUUCAUAAGUCCAGGAGAUCGUCGAAGAAGACGUAUACUGCUCUGUCCUACUGUUGGGGCAGUCCUGAGAGUGUCAAGAAGAUCGACCUCGACGGUUUCCGAUUCGGCGUCACCUUGAGUUUGUGGCAAGCCCUAAGCACUUUUGCGGCGAGCAACCAGAGUCACACGGAUCUCUUCUGGAUCGAUGCUCUGUGUAUCAACCAGGACGACGUCUCCGAACGCAAUCAUCAGGUACAGAAUAUGGGUCAGAUCUACUCAUCGGCCUUGGUCGUAUAUGCCUGGCUUGGCCCGCGAACGGAAGCUACAGAACUAGUAUGCUAUGUCCUACAGCUGUUUGCUAUCGAGAAGCGGCCCAGUUUUAGACAGAGUCAGUUCGACCUAUCACGUAAACAACUUGGGACCGCAGGAGAUCUCGAGACCAUAGCGCAUUCAUUGAUGUCACUGAUGGCAACCGAGUACUUCUAUCGUGUGUGGAUCAUACCAGAGACUGCCAGGGCCGAGCGACUGAUGAUUAUUUGCGGCGAGGCGCGGUGGGACUUGUCGACUUUGUAUGAAUUCACGGCAGCGGCAGCAGCCUAUUAUGAUGAUAGGCUCACUGGUCAUAGCUGGCAUUUGCUCUACCAGAUACUUUGUGAUACACCAAGCGAUAUAAGGGCACACAUGGCUCCAGACAUGGUCAGAGAAGGACUGUAUAUCUGCCUUUGGAGCUUCCUCGAAGCGCGAUGCCAAGACAAGCGUGACCAUGUGUUUGCCAUGGCAGGGCAUCCGAUCACGGAAGAGCUGGGUCCACUGCACCAGAUCAAGGUUGACUAUGCGCUCACGGAUGACGAAGUCCUGAUCACCGCAAUGGAAUGGAUGAGUAAGCUGGUAAGCGACUGUCCUGAAGGCGUGGAUCUCUACGUCAGUGAGGGACGCAUGAUCAACGCGAUCCUGAAUACUCUUACUGUCGUGCUUCUGGACUGA